AUGAGAUAUCUCUACAACCAGUCCCCUUAUGUUAGAAAUCAUCAUCAGUUGCUGGACAACUUUGAGACUGGUGUGCUCAAACCUGGCAUGGUGGUCACAUUCGCUCCAGUCAAUGUUACAACUGAAGUUAAGUCUGUUGAAAUGCACCACGAAGCUCUUAGCGAGGUUCUUCCUGGGGACAACGUGGGCUUCAACAUCAAGAACAUGUCUGUUAAAGAUGUUCGUCGUGGCAUUGUGGCUGGUGACAGCAAAAAUGAUCCUCCAAUGGAAGCUGCAGGCUUCACAGCUCAGAUGAUUAUCCUGAACCAUCCCAGUCAGAUCAGUGCUGGUUAUGCACCUGUACUGGAUUGCCACAUAGCCCACAUUGCUUGCAAGUUCGCUAAGCUGAAAGAGAAGUUUGACCGUCAUUCUGGGAAAAAGCUGGAAGAUGGCCCCAAGUUCUUGAAAUCUGAUGACGCUGCCAUCGUUGAUAUGGUCCCUGGCAAGCCCAUGUGUGUUGAGAGCUUCUCUGACUACCCUCCUCUGGGUUGUUUUGCUGUUUGUGAUAUGAGGCGGACUGUUGCUGUGGGUGUCAACAAAGCAGUGGACAAGAAGGCAGCUGGAGCUGUCAAGGUUACCAAGUCUGCCCAGAAGGCUCAGAAAACUAAAUGAAUAUUAUCCCCAGUACCUGCAACCCCAGUCUUAAUCAGUGGUGGAAGAACGGUCUCAGAACUGUUUGU